UGAAAGUUUUAUGUCACACAAGUUAGCGGCCAACUUUUUAGAGCGAGAGUGGAAAACAACUGCAACAUAAUAUCCCUACUGAAGCCUAUAAAAUGAUCUCACUCUGUGAUAACAGACAAUACACUUCAACGCCAUCCUUUUCAUUGAGGAUGAUGCGUCAAGUAAUUACAGUCACUGCUGACAGAUCGAUGACUAACGCUGACAACAAUACCUUAGUCUAUAAAACCCUGAUUUCCCUCUGCUGUGUUCUGACAUUUAUAGCAGGCGCUGCAACAUAGUAGUAUAGCAGUCCUUUGUGUUGAACGUACAGCCUAUUUUGUAGGUAUUAUAGAGACUCAUUUCAUACAGAGUCUGUGUGUGCACAUCUAAAGGUAAGCUGGCACAAUUCAGUGUAUCAUAUUGUAUCAGUGCUGUUUAUUUAUUGUUGCCUUUUGAUCAGUGAAUUAAAUAAAUCCUUUACCUCACCCAAAUGAUUUGAUGCAAAUCUCAAGGCUGAAAUGCUGUGCUAAUUAUUUUCACUCUCAUUUUCACUCCAGUGCUGGCGAAAAACAUUUCAGGGCCUUUUGAGAAAAUCAUCAAAAAUGUGGACCGUUGCUCUCGUUCUUUGUUUGGGAAAUAUUCUCAUCACAGGAGAGGCCAGUGAUCAGCAUUCAGAACCGUUCUCUGUAAUUGAACUCUCUGAAACCGCCUCCCCUGGUCUUUUAAUACUGGAAAAACAGAAAUCCAACAGCUCAAUUCAUCCACCUCACGUAGCAGGACCAAAAACCCCACACCCUCCUAUGUGCUUGGAGUCAGCUGGAAUCAGAGAUGCCUUCAAAUAUGUCCAUACUGUGGUGUCUGUUGUUGUUUUUGUUGUUGGAAUAGUGGGCAAUUCAGCCUUACUGAAAAUCAUAUAUGUAAACAAAUGCAUGAGAAGUGGACCAAACAUUCUCAUUGCGAGUCUUGCUUUGGGGGAUCUAAUCCACAUUGUGAUAGACAUUCCAAUCAACGCAUACAGGCUCAUGGCAGAAGAUUGGCCAUUUGGCUUGGUGCUGUGCAAACUUGUCCCCUUCAUACAGAAAACCACAGUUGGAAUUACUGUGUUGAGCUUAUGUGCUUUAAGUGUUGACAGAUACCGAGCUGUAGUAUCCUGGAAUCGAAUCAAAGGCAUCGGGGUUCCAGUUUGGACAGCAAUCGAAAUAACUCUGAUAUGGGUUAUUUCAAUCCUGUUGGCUGUCCCUGAAGUUGUCGGCUUUGAUAUGAUAACAAUGGACUAUAAAGACAAGCAUCUGAGAAUUUGUCUGCUUCAUCCCAUGCAAAGCACACCGUUCAUGCAGUUUUAUAAAUCAGUAAAGGACUGGUGGCUCUUUGGCUUCUACUUUUGCAUGCCACUGGCUUGGACUGCCGUCUUCUACACACUCAUGACCAGGAAAAUGCUAAGGAAUACCGACAAUACAAUAAGCGACCACACCAAGCAGAGACGAGAAGUUGCGAAAACCGUCUUCUGCCUGGUGAUUGUGUUUGCACUUUGUUGGUUGCCUCUAUACCUAAGUAGAAUCUUGAAAUUAACCAUUUACGAUGAGACGGAUCCUGAUAGGUGUCAACUACUGAGUGUCUUUCUUGUCAUGGACUAUUUUGGCAUUAAUAUGGCAUCACUCAACUCGUGCAUCAACCCUAUUGCAUUGUACACAGUCAGCAAGAGAUUUAAAGGAUGUUUCAAGGCAUGUCUGUGCAGUCGGUGUCUACCUCUUCAAGCUGUUCCCCAUGACGAGGCACAGUCUGUUUUAAAGUCCAGAACGCAGGAUCAAGCCUCAUAGCAGAGCUGCAACUUCAAAGCUCACAAGCAGACUUCCACACCUCUAUCUGAGCAGGAGAACACCAUAUAUAUAUAUAUAUAUAUAUAUAUAUAUAUAUAUAUAUAUGGCUAUCAAAGCAGCUACCAAAACAUUGGUAGCUCAGUAACCUUGACAUGCCACCUAAUACUAUAAAAUACUUCAAUUACAUGCAGCACUAUCUUUUGUACUGUUGUUGUCAGUUGAACAUCUGCUUUAGUAUGAGCAACCUGGAGUCAGACUGUUCUGACUAUUUGCCUCCAGGGCUUGACUCACUCCCAACCAUUACAUCAGAUUUUACCUAGCACCUAUCCUGUAUCAUGCAUGCAGUUCUCAAAUCACUGUUUUGGGCACGAUGUUAACCUGGCACCCAUCAACAGAAAUCUUGUCACGGCUUACCGCCUGCAUAUGUAUUAUUUUGAUUCGGUUUCUGGAUUCUGGAAAGACACUGUGCCAUACGAAAUCAAGCAAAUUGGAAUUCAAAAUUACUACGGUGUGUUUUAUGGGCUACGGUGUAUUAUUAGCACAUGCAUGUGUUUUUUUUAUCUAUGUUGAGUUUCCCCAUACACAAAGAGUUUAUAGUGUUCCUUUUUGUUCUUGAACCUUGAGAAACAUAUCAAAUUGGUGCCACAAGUAGAUUCUGUCUCCGCCACUGAAUGACUGAUUGAUGGUGGCCUAUUUUUAAUGCAUUGUUAAAUGUGUAAUGCAUGGAGACACUUUAUAAAAGACCUGAGAGUGGGGAAGAAGGAAAACGAAGAUGACAGAAUGAGG